AGAUUUAACAGCAAAAUGUGCCCAAGCACUGGGCCACCUCCUCAGACCUGCUUGGCUUCUCUGCACUUCAGAGCAACCUGGCUGGGAGGCAGGGGCCACAAACCCUGCUUCCCGAGGCCCCCGUGGGAGUCUAAGGGACUUCCUCAGUAUUCCACGCCCUGUCCUCCCUCCUCUGACUGGGGGGAGAUGUUCGGAGUCCCUGGGUGUGUGUGUGCCCCAGAAAGGGGGCCCAGCAGAGUGUCCAGUGCACAGACCAAUCAGAACCCCAGAAAGGAAAGAUGGUCAUUUCCUCCCCGGCUCUCCGCACCCUCCCUUGGGGGUUUAAAAACCACAGCCCUUGUGGGCAGGAGGAACCUUCCCUCAGCGAAGAGCCCAGAAGACCAGAACAUGGAUCCCAUGAACAGUUCAAGCUAUGAGUACCCUGACGAUUAUGGCAACAACCUGGAUGCCGAUCAACCUGUGGACGGGCCUUCCAAACCCCUCAAGAUCCAAACUCUAGACGCGAUCGCUCUUCUCAUCUUCACUCUCGUUUUCCUGGUGGGAGUGCCGGGCAAUGCCGUGGUGGUCUGGGUGACAGGGUCCGAGGCCAAGCGGACCGUCAAUGCCGUCUGGUUUCUCAACCUGGCCGCGGCUGACCUCCUCUCCUGCCUGGCACUGCCUGUCUUGUUUACCUCCAUCAUCCUGCACAGCCACUGGCCCUUCGGGAAGGCUGCCUGCCGCAUCCUGCCCUCCCUCAUCCUGCUCAACAUGUAUGCCAGCAUCUUGCUCCUGGCCACCAUCAGCGCCGACCGCUUUCUGCUGGUGUUCAAUCCCAUCUGGUGCCAGAACUUCCGAGGGACUCGCCUGGCCUGGGCGGCCUGUGGAGUGGCCUGGGUCCUGGCCCUGCUACUGACCAUCCCUUCUUUCCUAUACCGGGUGGUGCACUUUGAGCACUUCCCACCAAAGUCCGUAUGUGGCCUCAACUAUGGCACCGACAAAUAUAAGGAGGUCACCGUGGCCAGCUUUCGGCUGAUUGUGGGGUUCCUGUGCCCGUUAAUCAUCCUUUCGGUCUGCUACACCUUCCUUUUGCUGCGCACGUGGAGCCGAAGGGCCACGCGGUCUAUGAAGACGCUCAAGGUGGUGGUGGCUGUGGUCAGCAGUUUCUUUGUCUUCUGGUUGCCCUACCAGGUGACCGGGAUGUUACUGGCCUUGCACUCCAAUGAUUCUGAAACCUUCAAACUAGUGAAGACGAUGGACGCCCUGUGCGUCUCCUUGGCCUACAUCAACUGCUGUAUCAACCCCAUCAUCUACGUAGUUGCCGGGAAGGGCUUCCAUACCCUGUGCCGCAAAUCCUUCCGCUCCAUGCUACGGAAUGUGUUGACUGAGGAGUCCACGGGCAGGGAUAGCAAGUCCUUCACACGCUCUACAGUGGACACCGUGACCGAUAAGACUGAGGCGGUGUAAGUGGAGGCCACCCAUACCGCCAUCCAGUUGGUGCGCCAUCUUCCUGUCUGGCCCAGUCCUUCCCUCACGUUUUAACUCAGCCCUUGGUGUGAUGGUCUUGUUCUGGUUCACGCUCUUCGAUUCCUUCUGCCUGUCUCAGGUUUGUCCUUCCUUUUCCAGGCUAACUCUUCUCAUUCUUUCUCACUUCCAAGUUUAACCCAUUCUUCUGUGGAUACCCAAGGAGUCCUGGUAGCACAAUAUCUAAACGCUGGGCUGCUAACCAAAACAUUGGCCACUCUCACUCACCAAGUGGCUCCACAGGAGAAAGACCUGGUGAUCUGCUCCUGUCAAGCUUAUAGCCUAGAACACCCUACGGGGCAGUUCUACUCUGGCAUAUGGGGUUGCUAGGAGUUGAAAACUGACUUGGCACCAUCCAACAACUCUGAACACCCGAUUUUUCUUUCUGUCCAAGGCUUACCAAUGCAUAUAGAAUAGCUUCAUCCAUCAGUGUGAUUGUGUAAUGCAUAUAAAAACUUUAGAAUGGUGCAGUCUAUUAUUCUAGAUAAUGUACCAAAGAACUUUAGUUGUAUUAUUAUUACUGUGGUAAAUAUAUAUGUAACAAAACAUUUACCAUUGAAACAUAUUUUUUUUAUUGUGGCAAAAAUAUGCAGACCAAAACAUUUGGCAAUACAACUUAAACAUUUUUUACAAGUACAAUUCCAUUCUUCGUGCUGUGCCACCAUCACCACUAACCGUUUCCAAUUUUUUCCAUCACUGUUAACAGAAACUCAGUGUUCCUUAAGCAAAUAGUUUUUGUUUUUAAAUAACUAAAUAUUUAUUUUACGGAUGCUUCGGAAAAGAAAAUGUAACUAGCACCUCAAAAGUUAUUAUUGUUAAAAAAAAAAAAGAAACCUGUUGCCGUUGAGUUGAAUCCGA